AAAGACAGGCUCUACGUCGGCAACCUGCAUCCCACCGUCGACGAACACACCCUGAUCAAGCUCUUCUCCAAGUUCGGCAAGAUCUCCAAGCUCGACUACCUCUUCCACAAGACCGGGCUGCUGAAGGGCAAGCCGCGCGGAUACGUCUUCAUCGAGUAUGCCAACCCCGAGGACGCAGCCAAAGCGAUAGCAGCAGCGCACGACAAGGUCCUCCGCGGGCGCAAGCUGGUCGUCACCUACGCCACCCAAGCCCCCGCGGACUCCUACUCCCACUCCGGCUCUAGCAGCAGCGCAAAGUACCGCAAGGGCGCGCUCGAGGCCAACAGGCCCACCACGCUGAGCCUGCUCAAGACGAGCGUCGUCGCGAGCAGUCGGAAUGACACGAAAGACAAGAUCGCGAAGCUAGAAGCCAAGCUCCGCCAGCUCGAG